GAAGUGACGCGUGAGAAGGGGGUGCCAGUGUUUGGGCUGGGUGAAGGCAGAGUUUGACUGAGGAGUUUAGACCAAUGGUGUCCGUUCGUCGGUCGUUGGGGACGUCAAAUUACUGAUCCUCGAAAAUUUGCUUUGUCCAAGUAACAAAAGGAAAUCAAAUUAAACGAGAAAAAUAGAGAGGAAACAGAGCUGGACAGUUUAAGAGCUGACAGACAUUGAGUUUCUUACCUCUUGCAUGGAGAGCAUUCGGUCUGACUGACAUUGUGAAGCCCCUGGACUAUUAUUGGAGGCUUACCUUGAUGUGCUAGUGGACACUGAAGUAACUCCACAGAGACUGAUUACUGUGGGGACUGCAUGCAGCCUGCCAUGUUUUGAAAAAAUAUAAGGUGAUACAUCCCCCUUUUUAUAAAAUGGAAAAUCAAAUGUUUGAAUCAAAUGAAGAGCGUACGUUUCAAUACCAGGACUCAUUACCUCCACUACCUGUACCCUCUCUUGAGGAAUCUUUGAUGAAAUAUUUAGAAGCAGUGAAGCCUUUUUUGAAUGAAGAAGAACUGGAAAGAAGCACAGCAAUUGUUAAAACAUUUGGACAAGGAAUUGGUAAGCAGCUGCAUCAAAAACUUCUGGAGAGGGCCAAAGUUAGGAGAAAUUGGCUUGAGGACUGGUGGCUUAUCAGUGCCUACCUGAAUGUCCGCAUGCCAUCAAUGUUGAAUGUAAACUUUGGAGGUCCUGCACCCUAUUUAGAACAUUAUUGGCCACCAAAAGAAGGCACUCAGCUUGAACGAACUGCCAUUGCUGUCUUCCACAUGUUGCAAUUUUGGAAACUACUUCGGAAACAGCGCUUGGCUGUACACAAAACUGGUAGUGUGCCUUUAGACAUGGACCAGUUUCGUAUGUUAUAUUGUACCUGCAAAAUACCUGGAGUAACCAGAGAUUCUCUUGUCAGCUACUUUAAGACAGAAGCUGAAGGACCAUGCCCCUCCCAUUUAGUGGUUCUUUGUCGCGGACGAGUAUUUACUUUUGACACAGAGUAUGAGCAUCACAUCUUAACACCACCAGAACUUUUCAGACAACUGACAUACAUCAGGAAAAGAUGUAACGAUGAACCUGAAGGACCAGGUGUGUCAGCAUUAACUGCUGAAGAAAGAACGCGUUGGGCAAAGAUAAGGGAAUAUCUAAUUAGUUUGGAUCAGAAUAAUUUGACUAUACUGGAGAAAAUUCAGAGUUCCUUGUUCAUACUCUCACUGGAUGAUGCCAGUCCCCCUGCAUCACCUGAAGAUUAUUCUCAAAUAUGUUUAUCAGCACUAACUGGAAAUCCAACUAUACGAUGGGGUGACAAGUCGUACAAUUGCCUCAGUUUCUCCAAUGGAACUUUUGGUUCAAACUGUGAUCAUUCUCCUUAUGAUGCGAUGGUAAUGGUUUCCAUGUGCUAUUACAUCGAUCAGACUAUCAAGUCAGUGGAAGGCAAGUGGAAGGGAUCAACAGCAGUUCGUGACCUCGCAUGGCCAGAGGAGCUGGUUUUUGUAUUGGAUCAGAAGGUUCUGAAUGACAUAGAUCAAGCUAAGCAACAGUAUUACAAGCAGGCAUCAGAUAUCCAAAUUGCCAGUUUUGCCUUCACUGCAUUUGGAAAAUCUCUGAUUAAAAAGAAAAAGCUUCACCCAGACAUAUUUGUACAGCUUGCACUUCAGUUAGCCUAUUACAAGUUCCAUGGACGACCUGGCAGCUGUUAUGAGACUGCAACAACUAGACGGUUUUAUCAUGGCCGAACAGAGACAAUGAGACCAUGCACUGUUGAGGCUGUAGAAUGGUGUAGAGCAAUGCUGGAUCCAGCAGUUUCUAAUGUGAAACGUCAACAAUUAAUGAUGAAAUCUUUCGCAAAACAUCACAAACUAAUGACCGACUGUCAGAAUGGUAGAGGCUUUGACCGACACCUCCUGGGUCUGAUGCUUAUAGCUACAGAGGAAGGUCUUCCUGUGCCGGAGCUUUAUUUAGAUGCUGCCUUUACUAAAAGUGGUGGUGGAGGAAACUUUGUUCUUUCAACCAGCCUUGUUGGAUAUACCACUGUCCUAGGUGCUGUCCUUCCUAUGGUCCAUAACGGCUAUGGAUUUUUCUAUCGUAUCCGGGAUGACAGGAUUGUAGUUGCUUGUUCUGCUUGGAAAUCGUGUCCAGAGACCGAUGCAGAAGAACUGUACAAAGAACUAGUUCAGUCCUUUCGUGAAAUGAUCAAGUUGACAACAGUGGCCCAGCUUUAAGUGUUGCCGAAAAGCAAAGUGUGCUGCUAAAAAUUAUAAAUUCCUAAUUCUUUACAUACUUGCAUUAAUAUAGUUGCAAAUAACGCAUGAUCAUCCAUGAGAUCUGUGCAACAAAAUUUACUUGAAGUAGUAAUGUUUUUUCUCCAAUUACUACUUUGCAAUAUCAAUGCAACAUUUUUGAAACUAUGCACAAUACAAUGCAAAAAAUACAGACAAAUAACACAAAGGAAAGAUUGAAUAAUUAUGAUUUUCACAUCUUGUUUUUAGAAUUAACUUUUGUGUGGAAAAGGAGAAAAAGCCGCAAUAAUGAUUAAUUUGAAUUAACUUUUGACAGAACCAGCCUGUCUGUUUCAGAGUAACAUUUUUUGUAUCUAGGAUUCUGAUAGUAGGAAUCAAACUCUUAUUGUUUAGAGAUUUGAAAAUAACCUUUAAAAUGCAAAUGAUUUUAGGAUUUAUUUAGUAUAUUCAAUGUGUGAAGUGAGAACAUCAGUGUUGGACUAGUCUGUGAAUUGUUUUAUUAUGUUGUACAAUUUGGGUGUCUUUUACUUAAUUCUGUAUUAUAUAUUGGAUGGUUGCCAAGGUGGAGCACUGGCAAGAAAUAAAGCUGACCAUGGUAAUUGG